AUGCCCUCAUACUCGAACGACUCUUGUCAGACGGCCACGGUGACCACCUCCGCACCUCAGGCUCCCCGCUCGUUUGAGUCCGCUCAUCGCAAAUCGCACGAUAAAACCUCUGUCAGCAAUACCUUUCUGUGGACCAAUUGGCCCAACGGGGAUACCAAUCACGACCCUCAGCAAAGCGAUCGGCCCUUCAUUUCCGAACUGAAGAACGGGAGCGCAUAUUCUCUGAAUGGCAACCGGUCUAGCAUAGGCUCCUACACGCGCGAUCUGCCACAUUCCAAGGACGGCAGCAUGCACUCUCUGGGAAAUGGCUCGGCCAAAGAUCCCAGAGACCUCGGCCGUUUAUCUGCCGUGACCGACCGCAAAUACUCGGACGUUAGCCCCGGAGCAGGCUCUGUGGCAGCGCCGACGCCGACACCGACGACGACGCAACAAGCCAAUGGCAGUGCUAUGGUGCAAAGCCAUCGAUCUGCCUCGAGCAAGCCAAUGGUCAACGGCGAUUCCCACCGUCAGUCCGCAGACGAAUCCGCCUUCUCAGGUCGCGCGAUCAGCCCGUCGACUUCAAUGUUACAGAUCCCCAAUCCUGAGGACACCGGGCGUCUCUCCCCCGACCCAGACCGGCUGUCACCAGAACCCAGAGCCACUCAACAUCGCUACUCCUCGCCACCCGCUCCCUCGUCUCCCGAAACCCUUCCCGUGUCGGAAUCACAACAGUCGAGUAUGCGGCAACGGAAUUCUCUCCAAGUCCCCCGCGGCAACAGUGUUCGUCGAAAUAGUCGUGAUCAGAGCGAGGAUGCGGCUUACGCGAGUGGUCGUCUCUCCCCUACCACGGCUGGUCCCCGCCGAACCUCCUUCAGCCUGAUUCGACGGGCGACGAGAACACAAUCGGAACCGCUGGACGAGACAGUCCCGGAUGAAGACGCGGCACGGUGGGCAGAGGCUAUCAAGCAGAAACGAGCCUCACGGCGGCGGCGGGAAGAUGAUGACGACGAGCGAGUUAUUGUGGGCACCAAGGUUGACCAGAACCAUGUCAACUACGUGACGGCAUACAACAUGUUGACAGGCAUUCGAUUUACUGUUUCUCGCAUCAACGCCAAGAUGGAUCGGGAGUUGACUCCUGCCGAUUUUGAAGCGAAGCACAAAUUCUCUUUCGAUAUUACCGGCAAUGAGCUCAUCCCUUCCGCCAAAUACGACUUUAAGUUCAAAGACUACGCGCCCUGGGUGUUCCGCCACUUGCGCGCAAGAUUCAACCUCGAUCCCGCCGACUACCUGAUGUCUCUGACCAGCAAAUACAUCUUGUCGGAACUAGGCUCGCCCGGCAAGAGCGGCAGUUUCUUCUAUUUCUCCCGCGACUACAAGUACAUCAUCAAGACCAUCCACCACUCUGAGCACAAGCUCCUGCGGAAAAUUUUGCCAUUGUACUACAAGCACGUGCAGGACAAUCCCGAUACCCUCAUCUCUCAGUUCUACGGCUUGCACCGCGUGAAGAUGGCCUACGGGCGUAAGAUCCACUUUGUCGUGAUGAACAACCUUUUCCCGCCCCAUCGUGAUAUUCACCAGACGUUUGAUUUGAAAGGUUCGACGAUUGGUCGUGAUUUGCACGAAUCAGACCUCGAAAAGAAUCCGCGGGCGACUAUGAAAGAUCUCAACUGGGUUCGAAGGGGUCGUCAUCUGCAAUGCGGACCCGACAGACGUGCCGCUUUCAUCGACCAACUGACCCGGGAUGUGGAGUUGCUCAAAAAGCUCAAGAUCAUGGAUUACUCGCUGCUGGUCGGCAUUCAUGACGUAGAACGUGGCAACGAAGAAAAACUUCGCGACAAAACGCUGCAGGUCUUCCAACCGGGUGGUGAUCGUGAGGAGGAGGUCAAGGGCAACAACAUGUUGAUGCGGACGCCGUCCAAGCUGGAGAAUGAGCGCAAGGCCCGGGAGCUUCGCAUGUUGAUCAAGCGAGAGCGACCGGUGCCAUUGGACCAGGCGCUUGCGAAGAUGCCGGAAGAAGUGUUGGACUCGCGCAAGAAGGGACUGAAGUUCUACUCUGACGAUGGGGGCUUCCGAGCCACCCACGAGGACGGCACUUUUGGCGAUGAGAUUUACUACCUGGGCAUCAUCGACUGUCUGACCCACUACGGCAUGGUCAAAAAGAUUGAGAACUUCUUCAAGGGUCUCUCUCAUGAUCGGUCACAGAUAUCACCCAUUCCCCCAGAGGGCUAUGGUGAUCGAUUUGUGGACUUUGUCAAGGGUAUUACCAUGUCCGCAGAGGAGGCCGAGCGUCGACGUGAAUCGCAGGCUUCGGCCGCAAAAGCCAAUGAGAAACACUCGUCUUCUGUCGACCGUGUUAUGCAGGCGGCGGAGAAGGAGGCAGCAAAAGAUCCGUCGUCAACCACGCAUCCCCGGACCAUCUCUACUGUCCGGGAUCCUGCUGACACCGCUGGUCCGGGGCCUACUGCCACCCUUCCUAUCGUCGACGAGGCUGGCGAGGCGAGCAGUGUGGGCGGACGCAGCUCACAACAUAGCCGACACGGCCCUCGCUUCCCCGAGAAGGAUCUACCCCCUCUGCCGACCGAGGAUCGUUCACAGGUCGCUCGUAAGGGAAAGGGGGUUGACCAGAGCGAUAUUCCAGCGGCGAACAAGUCAUCAUGA